AUGGCAGGGGGAAUCGCAGCGGCAUCGUCACGUUUCUCGAAGCUUCCGAGGCCUCAAUCCUCCGAUGUAAAAGCGGUCGCUAUGUGGGGCGUCGCCGCCGGCACCGGCGCUCUUUGGUUCAUCCAGCCAUUUGAUUGGAUAAAGAAGACAUUUUUGGAGAAGCCUGUGACAGAUGAAGGCCAGUAA